AUGCAACAUAUAUGUACUAACUUCCGAACUUCAUCAACAGUCAACUCAUAUUGUACUCCGGCCAAACAUGAGCCACAGCCUAAAUAUGAGUCAGCAUUGGAGCUUGCUAAGUUCUUAAUACAAAGUGAUCUCUCAUGGGAAGCAACUUAUCUUGGAAUAGACCAGGGAAAGCCUAGGCUCCACAAAUAUUUUGGGGAGAGUCCUAGCGUAGAGAAGGGAAUUGGACAAUCUCCCAUGUUAAUGACUUCACUUGGUCAAGGGGAUCAACCAGAAACAGAUACUCCUUUGUUUUUGGCAACUAAGUCAGGCUGCAUACACAUUGCUAAAGAAAUACUGACAUGUUACCCUCAGGCAAUUGAGCAUGUUGAUGACAAAGGACGUAACAUAUUUCAUAUAGCUAUCAGGUACCGCCGAUUAAAGAUUUUCGAGCUUCUAGAGAAAAAAGAAGUGCCCAAGAAGAGGCUAGUACGAAAAAUUGACAACGACGGAAAUUCCAUACUUCAUUUAGUUGGAGUGAAAAGCAAAAUGUAUAUAGCUGAGAAAUUGCGUGGCCCUGCAUUUGAACUGCAAGAGGAAAUUUUAUGGUUUGAGGUGGCGAACUUCUAA